AUGGAAGAUGAAACCUUUGCCCAAGCUGGAUUGAAUGAUACAGGAAGCAAUAUCGACUUGGGCCUGAAUAAUGAAACCAUUGUUGGUGACCUCAACAACAAACACGAAAGCAGUGGUGGCUUUGAAUGGACUGCCUUGACCAUUGCACAAGCUAUUGUUCUGUUCUUCUUGGCAGGAGUCGCAGAGAUUGUGGGUGGUUGGAUGGUGUGGAUGUACGUCAGAGGAGGGAAAAGUGAUGCCAACGUUGCUGUCAAUGAAACAAGCAAUAACACGACAGCGACAACAAGUGCCAACAACGACAGCAAUGUUGACAAACCAUGGUGGUGGGGAUUGGUGGGAAGCCUGGUAUUGAUAAUCUAUGGCUUUAUUCCAUGUCUUCAGCCCACUGAUAGUUUCGGUCGUAUCUAUGCAGCCUAUGGAGGAUUCUUCAUUGUCUUCAGUUUUCUUUUUGGAUGGGCUGUGGAUGGCGACAAACCCGACAUUGGUGAUGUUAUUGGAGGUUGCAUAUGCUUCGUUGGUGCUGGGAUCAUAUUCUUUUGGCCACGAUGA